AUGACGAUCAGGAAAAGUACACAAACUGAAGAAGACAGAAUCAGCCUUCUCCCAGAUUGCCUUCUUCAUGAAAUCCUCUCUUUUCUAAACACAAAAUCCGUAGUCCAAACUUGUGUUCUAUCUAAACGAUGGAAAACCCUUUGGACUGAAAUCCCCACUCUCAACUUUGAUUACAAUAGUUCUUACUCAUUUUCGAUCUUCAAAACCGAAGAAGAUGAUAUAUCCAAACAAACAUCCUUCAAAAACUUCAUCAUUCGAGUUUUAUCGAAACUCCGUACCAAAAGCAUUCGAAAACUAGCCUACACUUCUUCCAAAAACCGUUAUGAUUUGACCAUUUUAGCUGACUUUUUGAUAAGCUAUGCUAGAUCCCACAGUGUUCAACAACUUUUCCUCAAUACUUUCAAUGUUAUUGAAUCCCAUUUUUGGGAUUUUUGUAUUAACGUGAACACAUGUUCAUCACUCGUUCAUCUGAAAUUGGUAUGUGUGUUUGCGGAUAAUUUGGAUGUUUUGGCUUUACCCUCACUGAAAAUAUUAGAGAUUGAAUCUCUUUGGUUGGAACGACCUGAUAAGAGGGCAAAUCACAAAGAAAUUACAAUGUUUCCUGGUUGCCCAAAUUUGGAAUCUUUGGUUUUCUUUGUUCAUCUUUUCCAGACUGCAACUAUUUCUGCUCCUAAACUUAAGAAUUUGAAACUAUGUGCUUCUCCCGACAAUGAUCCAACUUUUUCCGAAGUUCAAUUGCUUACACCAACCCUAGAAAAUAUCAGUUUCGUCAAUGUGUUGCCUACUGUCAAGUCUGAUUAUGAAUUUUCUCGCAUAGAUAAAGUAGAUAUACAACUUGUCUCUAGAUUUGAAAGGGAUGACCGAAACUCACGAAAAUCAAAGUUUAGAGAGUUGCUUAGUGUGUUUCAUAUGGCAAGGUCAUUCACACUGCCUUUAAAGCUCACAAUGCAGGUGAUGUCGUUGGAUAAUUUUGAUGCAUUAUGUUUUCAUAAUAUGAAGCAUUUGAGGUUGAGAACCAAGGAGACUGGGUUACUAUUAGAGCAAUUACUUAAAGCCCCCAAUUUAGAGAACUUUCGUUUUGUCAAAGAGGAUAGUUAACGAGGAUAUAUAUUGUAUACGUUGCAUGGGAUGAUUCUUUUUAUUGAGACGUUGCAUGGCUGGCUUGGCCAUGGAGGAUAUGUACUGCCCUUUGAUUUUAUGCAUUCUUUUAAUUAUUAGGAAUUAGGGUUAUGUUUGUUUUCAUGUUUCUUUUGAACUAUGGCUCUUUAUAUGAGUUCCAUUAUGUAACUGUGUGAAUAUAAUUCCAUUAAUUACAAUACGUUGCAUGGGAAUAUGGAAUUUGGAUAU